ACCUAUUGCACCUUCGGGCUGCCACCUUGACCAUUUGCCUGACUACACCAUGGAUGCAUGACUUAUCCCAGCCAAACCAUCGGCUCUGAUACCACUGUUGGGAAAUAAAUCCCCCUGUCACGCAAGUACUACUAGUAGAGAUGGAAAUAAGAAAUAAGCAAGCCAAUAAAACAACAAGAUUUAACGAGGUUCGGCCAAUUUCAUUGCCUACGUCCUCAGAGAGUUUUCAUCUUCACUAUUGAGAGAAUUACACAAGUACAAGAUUACACCGCUCAAGUUUAUACACAACUUGAGCACUCGUGUUUAUACCCAACCCGAGCCUUGUAUCCAACCGGAUACCCCUUGUACACCCUUUCUCAAUCCUAGAAGAUUACUCUACCCCAAGAGCUAUACACGCCCUUGAACACACUCCCCCUAUCUUCUACAUCUUGAAGACCCUUGGAGUGGCUACUGAUCUCUCUCUCUGGAGUUUGGGCUCUCUACCCUCUCUCACCUUUGUUUGUUGCCGAUGUGGGGAUUAUAUACAAAGAAAGCAAAGCUCUGCAGCUCUCUCUCUCUUCAGUUCCUUUAAUAAGAAAAGGGAAAAAAAAGGAAUCACACUCUCUCUCCAGCUCUCUCUUCAAAGCCGGUUGCAUGCUUUCUCCUUUUCUUCUUUUCCCUUGCAUGCUUUUUCCUUUUCUUCUUUUCCCUUGUCUCCUGCAUGUCUCCUGCAUGCCUUGUCUUCCACUUUCUUUAUCUCCUCCAAUUAAGGAGGGAUCCCAACACCAAGCACAACAGGGACUUGGGACGUCCAGAGGAGGAGCUACAAAGUUUCAAGAAGCAAAUGGAGAAGGGGGCAGAGCUUGUUCGAAAGUGCUCCAAGGUUGGUUUAUGGACCAGCUACAAGAAAUAUGGAUACGCCAACAAGUUAAUGGACCUAGACAAAUCUCUCAACAGAUUGUUGGCUAUACUCAGCGUGCAGGGAAUAAGGGCCGGGAUGGAGACCUUGGUGGUGGUGAAGGAAACACUGACUACGGUGAGGAGAAUUGAAGACAAUGGUGUUGGUAAAGAAGAGAGUUGUGGUGCAUAAUCUGAUCGAGUUUCAAAAGGGAAAGCUUAUUGGGAGUGGCCCGUUCGGACCUCGCUAUGUUGCCAGCAAUAGAGUAACUGGAGCUUUAUGUUCAAUGAAGGAAGUUGACUUAUCUCCCAAUGGCUCAAUUUCUGCAAAAUGUUUAGAGACGGAAAUUAGAGUGCUCACCAAGCUGAGGCAUCCUAACAUUGUGGAGUUUUAUGGAAGCCAAAUGGUUGGUGAUCGAUUUUAUAUAUAUCAGGAGUAUGUCCACCCUGGCUCUUUGAGCAGAUAUAUGAAUGAACGUUAUGGAGCCAUAACAGAAUCUAUUGUUCGUAAUUUUACUCGGCAGAUAAUGUCUGGGUUGGCUUACAUGCAUAGCAAACACAUAGCACACAGGAGCAUCAAAGGGGCUAAUUUGCUUGUCGAUUCAAGUGGAAUUGUCAAGCUAGCUGACUUUGGGAUGGCACGAUUACUUUCAGGGCAUGAAGGGAAUACAUCUCUAGAGGGGGGAAAUCCAUACUACUGGAUGGCUCCAGAGUUAAUAAUUUCUGGGAGGCAGAGUCUUGCUGCUGAUAUUUGGAGUUUGGGAUGCACAGUUAUUGAAAUGCUGACCGGAAGAGCUCAUCAGAACGCAUAUGAAAGUAUGGAAGCCUUGUUUAAAACUACUAGUGGGAAUGAGGAUAAUCCAGAGCUUCCGGGAACAUUGUCAUCAGAGGGCAAGAAUUUCGUAGAAUGCUGCUUGCGAAUAAAUCCUGCAGAUAGGCCUACUGCUGCCAUGUUAUUAGAACAUCCAUUCUUAACAAGUUCAUCCAAGGGAUGAAUUCCAUCUAAACAGAAGUGCCUUGUCUUACUAAUUGGCAAAAGCAAUCUGUGCUUUUUUUUUUUUUUUUCAUUUUUAGUACAGUGGAUGGCCAGAGGCCCAAAACAAUAAGAAACUGAGUUCACAUAGCUCUAGAACAGGGCACUCCAGUGGCAUGAGCAAAUAACCCAGUUUGGUUUAAAUUGUAUGGUUUGAGCACUACU